CCACAACUACCUCUACAUUGUCAAGAGAAUAUUCAUCGUGCCAACUAAUUACGAAGAAGAGAAAAAAAAAAAAAUCGAAUCUUCCCUGUCAAUACUCUCUACGUAUCGUCACUACGUCUACAUACAACAAUCCCAGAAGAGCCGGUUUUCUACACACAUACACACGCACACGCACACCAUUCGCUCCGUAGUAUAUUAUCGAGACAGUUAAAGAAGUAGUUGAGGAUUAGGUGAUAGGUGUUUCGAUAAAUAUUGAAUUUAAGUGGGAGUAUUGGUGGCACUGGGGAGUUUCGACAUAGUCGUCCUGAUCAGACCAACCUACGUACAUAUAUUAGGAAUCCAACAUGGAUAGACAGGAAUCGAUAUGGACUCGCCGUAACAAUGUUAGCAACCUUUCGCUAUCUACACCCAGUCAACCCGAUAAUAAUUCCACCACCCCGCGAGACUUUUCUAGUCUAGCUCGUAGAAAUGGCGGCAGCUCCUCCCACGGCCGCUCGAACCCCUUCAACGCGACAACUCCCGGCGGCAGCCUGACGUCUCCGACCAGCGCCGGAGGGGCCAAUUUUGGUCUCGGAUCCGGCGCAUUCGCAUCGUUUGGCUCGGCGGCGAAAACCCCGAAGGCACAAGGGAAUCCCUUUGAGCAAGCCAUGGGUGCCGUUGGCGCUAAAGCCCCCUCGGCCGAGAAGUCGGCGAAGGAAGCUACGCGAAGUACCGCCGUUGGCAAACCGUCGAUGGGUUCUAUAGCUGAGACGGGCGCUCAGCAAGGUUCCACCCCAUCGAUUCACCCUCUCCGCGACACCUGGGUGUUCUGGUAUCGACCACCCAUUACUAAGGCCAAUGGUUACAUCGAAUAUGACAAGACUUUACAUGCCAUGAUGACGGUAAAAACUGCCGAGGAGUUCUGGCAGGCAUACUCCCAUUUAAAGCGCCCGUCGUCGCUUCCUACGGUUUCAGAUUACCAUCUCUUCAAGAAGGGUAUCCGUCCGAUAUGGGAGGAUGAUGAGAAUAAGCUGGGUGGGAAGUGGGUUUUGCGACUGAAGAAAGGCAUCGCGGAUCGCUAUUAUGAGGAUCUCCUAAUGGCUUGCGUGGGAGAUCAGUUUGGGGACGAGGCCGACGAAGUCUGCGGCGUUGUGCUUAGUAUGCGCAACGGAGAAGAUGUUCUCAGCAUCUGGACUCGCAGCACUGGACAGAAGGUUCUCAAGAUCCGCGAGACGAUGCGACGCGUGCUUAGCUGCCCGCCUGAAACCCGCAUCGAAUUUAAGAGCCACGACGCCAGCAUGCAACAGCGUUCUGCUAUUGACGAGAUGCGCCGCGAGAAGGCGGCGCAGAAUCACCACGGCGAGAAACGAACCCACAACAAUAAAACGCGACAGUCGCAAGAUGAGCAGCGAUCAUAGUGAGGUCCUUGCACAGCUUAGUGACAGCUUGAGCUUUGGAUAGCCGCGUUAAGCAAUAAGACGAGUUUAACUCAUCAAAAUAAAUAACAUGGAUUUUUACACAUAUUUAUCCGGUGAGGGCGGUCCCGAUGGAAAUUCGUGGUGAUACGUCGAGCAGAAAGCGUUCUGAUUGAUGCAGGCAGACAUGUGGGCUAUGCUUAAUAGGGGUUUAUCUUAUCCCUCGGUGACGGUGACGCACUUAUUUGCCCAAUGCCUUUUAUUAGGCACGGCUCUCGAGCAGAGCUAGAUCUAGGAGCGACGACUACCUAGAUACUUCAUAGGAGCAUCGGAGGCCGUCCUUGUGGAAUUAUAGUGUGUACAUUAGGUCUGGAGGAUCAUAACUAAUGGGUUCUUGAAAAGCAGGAGCUGGAGCAGGAGCUGGGCAUCGUCUAAAAGGCAUCUAUGAAACCUUAUACUAUUAUUGCUACUGCUGUUAUUGCUGUUACUGGUACCGGUACCUUUUAUUAGGUACGUUGGGUACCACCGACUGUAUUAGGAUGGGCCCCUCUACGAUGUAGGUAGGUUGGCAUAGGGCCGCAUGAGCGAGUCUACGCGCGUUGUUGUAUUGUAUAGCUAGCUAGCUGUAUGUAUCAAUAUGAAAAUAUUAAAUCUUAGCUAG